GGAGAUGGCCAUAUCACUCCGGAUGGACUGGUACAGACACAUGACAAUUCUAGAAAUGUGGGCAGCUGCCCCUGAACGCGUUGGAAGGUGCUGACGUGCGUGUCGGCACAUGUAUGUAUAUAACCACAAUGUGAUGAUGCACAUGCUAUGACGACAAAUGUGGACCGCCAUGAUGAUAAUGCCCGUGUUAUGGUGAUUACAUUGCUGAUGACGUGGACAUGGAAAGCGUUCGUAUAUCCUGAGUGGAUUCAUGGUGGUGUCAAUCGCACUGACCGAGUGGACGGAGAUUGGUGCAUCACAUCUCCAUUCGGAUUUGGUGGGAAAGGGGAAGAUGACAAGCCGGAGGGGGAGGAACGGGAGGAGGAGGAGGAACAGGAGGAGGAGAGGGGGCAGGACGAGUACGAGGACGAACGGGAGGAGGAGGAUGGUGAAUCGGAGGAGGCAGAGGGGGACGGCGACGAUGGGCAGGAUGAGGUCGAUGAGUGGGAGGAGGAGGAGAUUGGGGGGCCUCGGGAGGAAGAGGCAGGACAAGUGGAAUGAAGAGGGGGAGGAUGACCACUUGGAGGACGAGGAGAAGCAUGAGGAUGAGAAACGGGAGGAGGAUGACAACAAACAAAAGGAGCGGCA